UUUCUAGAAGUACUUCAAAGUAAUGUAUCAUUUGUGUUUUUUAAAAAAUAAGGGAAAUUGGCUUUUGUAUGGGGUAGUGAGAAAGCCUCAGGCAGCAGUGCUGGGUUCUCCUCAUUCUGCCGCAGCCCGAUGGUGUGGCCUGGGCCAUGGGACCUCUCAGCCUCUGUGGCGGUGGUUCCAUCUGCAAAUCGAAAGAGCUGUACUAGGGUCUUAAAGCCCCUUUAGCUCUGAAGUUCUGUGUGUUUGCACUUUCUUAUCCUGAAACUCUUUUAGUCUGAUUUAUAAUAAAGCGUAAUUCCAUAAUGAGGUGAUGCCAUGGACAUCCCUAUUCUCGUUCCAUUACCAGCAAAAUGUAACCUGUUAUACCCUUACUUGCAAAGGUCCUUAUAAAUUACAAGCAUCCCUCACUAUCCAAAUCAUUCAGUUCCCAAAUUCAGCUAAUUAAAAUUCAGACGGUGAAGGAUAGCUCUGUAUUGGUAAAUGUAAUUUCUCAGUUUUCGUUGCUGUUGUAAAGGCAGACAUUUCAUGAUGGGCAAUACUUUGAUAUUUGAGUAUCAGUCUCUGAAGAACCUUGACCGUUGACUUUAAAUUAACAACAAAAGACAAAGCUGUUGUGGACAAAGCUUAACUUAGAUACUUUUUCUUAAGCUUUCCUCAUAACAGAAGAGAGAACUUCCUGGUAGUUUACUCACAGUUAAUGUGCUGUUACCAAAACAUGUCAUUUGAGCAGAUUGUUGAGGUGUACCUAAAUGCCAACAUAACAAGGUGCAGAAUGAAUCUUACUGGUAACUGAAAGGAGAGAACGUUGGGAUUAUUCUCUGAGCUAUCUGAAGAGAGCGACUCAAUGCACCUGGGUCAGGCGGUCUGUGGGCAUGAAGUGGUUGGGAGAAUCCAAGAACAUGGUGGUGAAUGGCAGGAGGAGUGGAGGCAAGUUGUCUAAUGACCAUCAGCAGAGUCCAUCAAAAUUGCAGCACACGGGGAAGGAGGCCACGAAGGCUGGCAAACACGCAGUUGAGAGGAGGUCAAGCAGAUGUAAUGGUAAUUCGGGAUUUGAAGGACAGAGUCGAUAUGUACCAUCUUCUGGAAUGUCUGCCAAGGAACUCUGUGAGAAUGAUGAUCUGGCGACCAGUUUGGUUCUUGAUCCCUAUUUAGGUUUUCAAACACACAAAAUGAAUACUAGCGCCUUUCCUUCGAGGAGCUCAAGGCAUUUUUCAAAAUCUGACAGUUUUCCUCACAACAACCCUGUGAGAUUUCGGCCUAUUAAGGGAAGGCAAGAAGAACUAAAGGAAGUCAUUGAACGUUUUAAGAAAGAUGAACACUUGGAGAAAGCCUUCAAAUGUUUGACUUCAGGCGAAUGGGCACGGCAUUAUUUUCUCAACAAGAACAAAAUGCAGGAGAAAUUAUUCAAGGAACAUGUAUUUAUUUACUUGCGAAUGUUUGCAACUGACAGUGGAUUUGAAAUACUGCCUUGUAAUAGAUACUCAUCCGAACAAAAUGGAGCCAAAAUCGUUGCAACAAAAGAGUGGAAACGAAAUGACAAAAUAGAAUUACUGGUGGGUUGUAUUGCCGAACUUUCAGAAAUUGAGGAGAACAUGCUACUUAGACACGGAGAAAACGACUUCAGUGUCAUGUAUUCCACAAGGAAAAACUGUGCUCAGCUCUGGCUCGGCCCCGCCGCCUUUAUAAACCAUGAUUGCAGACCUAACUGCAAGUUUGUGUCGACUGGUCGAGAUACGGCGUGUGUGAAGGCCCUGAGAGACAUUGAACCUGGAGAAGAGAUUUCUUGUUAUUACGGAGACGGGUUUUUUGGAGAAAAUAAUGAGUUCUGCGAGUGUUACACUUGCGAAAGGUAGAGUAUUGAGUAAGGUGGUUGUGGCAUGAGCUGAGGUCACUUCCUCCUCAUUUGCACGCAGGGGUCGUCCUCUGUGUUCCGUAGCCUUGCACCCGGCGCGGCGUGAGUCAGCAGCCAAAGAUGAAGAGCUCUUUAGGGACCUUGGCACCUCAGCCUUUAAAAUCUUACUACCAGCUUAUUGUUUUCUGAGUUGGUCAGAAUACCAAUGUGCCUAAAGAGAGAAUGGGAACUAACGCACAUGUGUGUGUGUGCGCGCGCACGCACACACACACACGCACACACACGCACACACAGUGCCAGAGUGGGGUUGCCCAAAAAAUGGCAACGGACAUUCACCACAGAUAAUCAUGUAAAAACCCUGAAGUUGUCUUGGGUAUUAACAAGCUGUGGCUUCUGGAAUUUUUAUGGGUUUUGUUUGUUUUAAUUUUUUUAUUCGAGUGUAGUGGACACACCACAAUAUGCUAGUUUCAGGUGUACAACAUAGUGAUUCGGCCUCUCUGUAUGUUAUGCUAUGCUCACCAAGGAAUUUUUCUGUUUUGAUGUCCAUACUUUUCGUAAUUCCUAAGUUCUGUCUCUUCCUUAAUAAGUACCUCUUGUGUCCCGUCAGGAUUCUGGAGUCCUUGUAGAAAUCCCCCAGAUCGGACUUAGCGGGACUUCUGGUUUCCACUCACUCGCUGCACUGGUUUCUGCAUAGAAGAGCUCCCAGAGGCGGCCUCACGAGCUUGUCUCGCUGGCGCUGCGGGAAGGCUUCUGUCACGAAGCAGUGCACGUUGGCAUAGGGCCAUACAGCAGAGCAAACCUGUGUUUGUGGAGUCUGUUUUCCUUACCUUGUGCUGUGCUGGGCGCUUCACUAACCCUGACUCACUCAGUCCCCGCGGCCAUCCUGUGAGAGAGAGUACCAGUGAUAAGUCCACAUUGCAAGGACAGACACGGAAGUGUCUGAACCCGGGGCAGCCGAACUCCAGCGCCCUCGUUCUGCCCACUUCAUACUACUUUUGCAAAUAUGAGCAGGGCUGUCCGGUAGUGCUCCUUCUCCCUCUGAAAACACCCAGCCUGUAGCCAGCCAGCCUCGGGGGAGGGAGUGAAUGCCCCAGAGGCCCCGCUCCCCUUCUUUCCAGGUAGCUGGCAGUAUUAUCCCAUGUCACGAGAGAGCAGAAGCACGGAGUCAUGGUACUACUCCAGCCGCUUCUCUCCCAUCAUCGGGGUCCUUGCCAUAAGGAAUGGCAGAAAACCUAUUUCUGGUCGUGCUGAAUAUUUGUCCCCCUCCCUUUUUGGGGGUGGUGGUGUAAAACGUUUAUCAUUUUCUACAUAAAAAAUGGUUUGAAUGUUGGUUAAAUCUUAGAACAGCCCACAAAAAGACCUUUAAUCCAUGAAGUAGUUUAAUUAUACUUGAAUAAUGCUUCAAAAAUCAUUUUCUAGGGAAAGCAUAUAGUGUAGCACUUAAGUGCCUAAGAUCUGGAACUUGCAUGAGUUGAAAUCCUGUGACUGCACUUCAUUAUUACCUACGUGAUCUUGGGCGACUUGGCUGCUUUUUGUGCCUUAAUUACCCCAUCUAUAAAGUGGAAAUAACACUAGAAGCGGUCUCACAGGGUCACUAUGAGGAUUAAAUUUAUUAUUUCCUGUGAAGCACAUAGAACAGUGCACAGUUAAUACUCAGAUGUUAGCUAUCAGGUUAUUUUGUGGUUUCUGGUUAUUUGCCCAUUAGAGUGUAAGCUCCAGAAAGGCAGAGAUUUUUUUUAUCCUUUCACUUACUACUACUAUAUCCCCAGCAUCCAGAACAGCGCCUGGCACUAGUAGGUUCUUCAUAAGUAUUUGGUCACUGAACGAAUGCAUGAACAAACGAACGGGGCAAACAGGAUGCUAAAUAAGCUUUCAGAGGCUGUCCUGAGAAAUGCAGCCACAUAUUCAGGAUUCCGGGCCAAGCCUAAAACAGCUCUUUUACCAGUCUGGAAUUGCAUAUAUCAGCCUGUUUCUCAGACACAUUAGUUCUCUGUGAGCCUCAGUUUCUCACUGGUCAGAUGGGGGUGAUCCUGUCUCCUCCACAGGGUUAGUGUGAGGAAUGGAUAGAUACACAAGCAGAUCCAUUUUUAAUGGAAAGGCUUACUCCAAACAGCAGCCCCGGCUCUUUUCAGACUAUUUGAGCACUUUGAUUUAAAGGUUGAUUGCAAAUAUUCUUGAAAGUCUUAGGAACAUCUAAGAGGGUAAGACUAGUCAAAGGUACUCAUUCAGUUAUUCAUCAGCUAUUAAUUGAAUAACUGACUUAGUUAGGUCUAGUACAUGCCGAGUAAACAAGACUAGCACAAUGCCAGAUGUGAGAGCAGUGCAGGGACAUGCACACAUGCGCUCUGCCAGGGCUGCAGGAUGAGAAGAGGUGGCCCCGUGAAGAAAUCAGUGAACAGAAGGUUUACAAAGGCACUGAGAUCGUGGAUGAAGCAUCCAGGAUGCAUUUGAUGCACGUUUCUGACUAUAACCGUCCUGACAAUCACUAUCGUGUAUGUAGUGUGUUCGUAAGUAAGUGCUGCGGAUCUUACUGUAGAAAAUGUGAGGAAUAAAGUCUAAUGAAGGACCAAAAAAUAUGAAGGAUCAGAUUAUUUUUAAGUUUAUAUAGAAAUAUGUCUGAUGAUAGCCAAGAAAAAAUUUCUCAAGUAUAGUUAGAGGAGAUUUGCAUUAACAGAUACCAAAAGUAACUAGGAAGCAGUUGCGAUCAACAUUUGAUGCUAUUAGCCCUGAAUUGGACAAACAGAAAAAAGGACACGAACAGAGGCCUGAAACAGCGGCGAGUGUGUGUGAGAUCUGAUAUCACAUACAGGGAAAUGAUGAUUUGUCUAAUGAAUGAUGUUAGUAUCAUUCAUUGUGCAUCUGGAAGAAAACCAAGCUAAGUUCAAGAUGGGUUAAAGAUUGAAAUUUUAAAAUACAAUGCAAAAUUGUUAGAAAAAUAUUAGUAGAAUAUCUGUCUAACCUUGGGGGGGUAGAGAUGUUUUGAAAGAAGUAAGGUAAAAAACAGUGAAUACGAGAAUGUUUGAAAAGUCAAAAGUAAAAUCAAAGACAACUGAUGAACCAAAGGGAAAAUGGUACGCAUGUGGCAGAGUUAAUAAUCCAAAUAACAAAAAGCUCCUAGAAGCUCAUAAGGAAAAGACAGACUCCAGAAGAGAAAGGUAAGGAGGAUGCCGCACAGAAAAUCAUGGCCAUAAACAAGGCAGUUAAAACAGUAAGCAGGUAUUUGUUGUCGCUAAUCAAAUUGGCAAAAUAUAAGAGUUAUACUCUAUAGUGCUGGUGAGGAUGUGGAGAAAUGGGCACUCAUACGUUGUUAGUCGGGCCAUGAAUUGUCUGGCAGUCAUUCAAAAUAAGUGCACCCUAUUACCCGGCAGUCAGUCUCAUAUGGGAGAAUCUCUCCUGUGGAAAUACGAGCAAUCGUUAGUAAGGAUUUGGUUUCAAGAGCAGUAUUACCAGCAGUGUUCCUGGUGGCAAACAAAAACAAAAAUAAAAAUCCCUGCAAGUUUCACUAACCACCAGUGAGGAAUGAUUGAAUGCAUCAGGGAAUGUUUUGUUUGUUUGUUUUUGUUUUUUUAAGAUUUUAUUUAUUUGCGAGAGAGACAAUG